CAAAGCAAGCACCGCCUGCACAAUCCAGCCCGUCUCUGCGACCUGCUCGCUCUCAGCCCCCGUAUCGAGCCAACCGCACAUUGAGCCCACCGACCUCCAUACCGAACCAGCACACCAAUACCAUGACCGGCCUCGUCAAGAACCCCAUCAAGCUCAUCGAGAAGCUCUCGAUCCCGUACAAAACCCUCGACCCAUUCCUGUUCUGCGUCUACCACAAGGACCUGUAUCCGCCCGGCAACGAGCAGAUGGAGCCACCCCGACGCGGCAACGGUAGCGACUUUGACCCCAACCAGGACUACCGGAUGUACCACGGCCGACGCAUUCCCGGCUUCCCGCAGCACCCCCAUCGCGGCUUCGAGACCAUCACCGGUGUGAUGGAGGGCGUCAUCGACCACAGCGACUCGAAGGGCGGCGCCGGCCGGUUCGGCAACGGCGACCUGCAGUGGAUGACGGCCGGCCGAGGCAUCGUCCACGGCGAGAACUUUCCGCUCGUGAACCAGGACAAGCCCAAUGUCAACCGCUUCUUCCAGAUCUGGCUGAACCUUCCGGCCAAAUCCAAGAUGGUGGAGCCGUCAUAUGUGAUGCACUGGGGUGAGAAGAUCCCGGUUCAUGUCGAGGAUGACGGCAAGGCCAGGGUCACAAUCUGGGCUGGCGAGCUCUUUGGCAAGAAAGCCUUGCCGCCCACCAAGGACUCGUGGGCGGCCGACCCAGCCCACCACGUCGGCGUUUUCUUCAUCCAGCUGCAGCCGGGCGGGUCGUUCACCUUCCCGGCCUCGAGCUCGGCCACUCUGAAUCGCACCUUUUAUGUCUCGGAGGGUCCGCUGGUGCAGCUGGCCGUGAGCGGCACCGAAGUCAAGGACAUUCAGAACAACCACUGUGUCCAGGUCGAUCCGCUGCAGCCCCUGGUCUUCAAGAAUCCCUCCGAGUCCGGCCAGCCCGUUGAGCUCCUCCUGCUCCAGGGCGAGCCCAUCAACGAGCCCAUUGCAAAGUACGGCCCGUUCGUGAUGAACACCCACGCCGAGAUCCAGGAAGCCUUUGACGAGUACCGCAGGACCGAAUUUGGUGGCUGGCCGUGGGACGCCGAUGCCGUCGUUUUCCCACGUGAGAAGGGACGUUUCGCCAUCGUCAACAAGAAAGAAAUCCGGCCCUGAGCUAUUGCUUUGUUUCAACAAUAUAGCGAGCUAUUCCACGUA